AUGGCGAUGAAGCUGUCUCUCGGUGGCGACGGAGCUCUCUUACAGUGGCUCUCCUCGAAUCGAAGGAUCCAUGGUGCAAGAGGAAGGAACCUCAAAGCAGAGGAGUGCAAAGCAGAGCAAUACAGUUUUGUAGAAGAUAGUGUCCAACUAUCUUCUUCAUCGCAAGUCCCUAUCUUUGGGAUUCAAGGAGCUGAAGCUUCAAGCUGCCCUCAAGAUACUACUGCAGAGCGUAGGGAACGCAGGAUGUGGACGUCUGUAGAAGUUAUGGUGCUCAUCAGCUCCUGGGUUAACACAAGCAAGGAUCCAGUAGUGGGAAAUGAGCAACGGUCUGGGGCAUUCUGGAAUAGGAUUGCCGCUUACUUUGCGGCAAGUCCCAAGGCUGCAGCCACUGAACACCGAGAAUCAACUCAUUGCAAGCAGCGUUGGCACAAGAUCAAUGAUCAAGUCAACAAGUUCUGUGGGGCUUUUGAAGCAGCAACCAGAGAGAAGACAAGUGGAAAAAAUGAGAAUGAUUUUCUCAACAGAGCUCAUGAAAUCUUCUUCAACAACCACCGAAAAAAAAUUAUUCUUGAGCAUGCUUGGAAGGAGCUUCGGAAUGAUCAAAAAUGGUGUGCCAUUGCUACAUCUAAAAACGAAGGAAGCGCUAAAAGGAGGAAGUUAGACGAGGGUUCACAGCAUCAACAACUGAAAGAUGAUUUGGUUGAACACAUAUGGCGUAGAUUUGGAGGUGAUGAAGACAACAACUGA